GCUACUUCUUUAAGAGAGCUCGCAAAGCUUCGCACCUUUCACCAGCUAUGGCGACAAUGGGGAAGCCACUUUCUUCCCUACUCAGCAUUAUCAUUUUUCUCUACUCUUUCUUUCUCUUCCUAACACUGUCUUCUGCAACCAACGUAACGUAUGAUCGCCGCUCUCUCAUUAUUGAUGGCCAACGCAAGCUUCUCAUCUCCGCUUCCAUUCACUACCCUCGUAGUGUGCCCGGGAUGUGGCCUGGGCUAGUGAAAACAGCAAAAGAAGGAGGUGUGGACGUGAUUGAAAGCUAUGUGUUUUGGAAUGGACAUGAACCUUCACCGGACAAUUAUUAUUUUGACGGAAGGUAUGAUUUGGUCAAGUUUGUAAAGAUUGUUAAGGAUGCAGGCAUGUAUAUGAUGCUUCGCAUAGGCCCAUUUGUAGCUGCUGAAUGGAAUUUUGGAGGGGUGCCCGUUUGGCUGCACUAUGUUCCAGGCACUGUCUUUCGGACUAAUAAUGAGCCAUUCAAGUAUCACAUGCAGAGAUUCAUGACCGUUGUAGUGAAUCUUAUGAAGCAAGAGAAGCUCUUUGCUUCACAAGGAGGUCCUAUCAUCCUUGCCCAGGUUGAGAAUGAAUAUGGAUUCUAUGAGAGUGGAUAUGGAGAAGGGGGGAAGCAGUAUGCUUUGUGGGCUGCUCAGAUGGCUCUUUCUCAAAACAUAGGCAUACCUUGGAUUAUGUGUCAGCAGGAUGAUGCUCCUGAUCCUGUGAUCAAUACAUGCAAUUCAUUUUACUGCGACACAUUUACACCAAAUUCCCCAAACAAGCCAAAAUUUUGGACGGAGAAUUGGCCUGGAUGGUUCAAAACUUUUGGGUCUAGAGAUCCACACAGACCACCUGAAGACGUUGCUUUUUCUGUUGCUCGAUUUUUUCAGAAAGGUGGAAGCCUUCAGAACUAUUACAUGUAUCAUGGUGGGACGAACUUUGGUCGUACUUCAGGUGGCCCAUUUAUCACCACUAGUUAUGAUUAUGAUGCACCUAUUGAUGAGUAUGGCUUGGCUAGGCUUCCAAAAUGGUCACACCUUAAGGAACUCCACAAGUCUAUUAAGUUAUGCGAGAGAACAUUACUAAAUGCUGAACCAACACUAGUUUCACUUGGUCCUCUUCAAGAGGCUGAUGUGUAUGCAGACACUCUUGGUAAUUGUGCUGCCUUUAUUGCCAAUAUGGAUGACAAAAAUGAUAAGACAGUAGAGUUCCAGAAUGUUUCAUAUUACCUACCUGCAUGGUCAGUUAGCAUCCUGCCAGAUUGCAAGCAUGUAAUCUUCAACACCGCCAAGGUGGGCUCUCAAGCUUCUGUGGUUCGGAUGGUACCAGAGAGUUUGCAGCCUUCCCUUGUAUCAUCAAGUAAGCUUCAUGGAUGGGAGGUGUUUGUGGAGAAAUCUGGGAUAUGGGGGAAAAGUGAUUUCACUAGAGUUGGCUUUGUUGACCAUAUCAAUACCACAAAAGAUACCACUGACUACCUCUGGUACACGUCAAGCUUUUAUGUUGACGAGAGUGAAGAUAUUUUGAAGAAAGGAGGUCAACCUGUUCUUAAAGUUGAAUCAAAGGGUCAUGCCCUGCAUGCUUUUGUGAAUGGGAAGCUUGAAGCCAGUGCAUCUGGAAGUGGAUCCAUGUCAGCUUUUAAACUUCAGGCUCCAAUUUCUCUCAAACAUGGAAAAAACGAAAUUGCUCUCUUAAGCAUGACUGUAGGUUUGCAAAAUGCAGGACCUUUGUAUGAAUGGGUGGGAGCAGGGUUAACAAGUGUUCAGAUUAGUUUUGGUAACCGCACAAAAGACUUGUCUGCAUAUAAUUGGUCAUAUAAGAUUGGACUGGAAGGAGAACAUCUUGGUAUCUACAAUCUUGAUGGUUCAAACAGUUUAAAGUGGGUGUCAACUUCAGACCCUCCAAAAGGACAGCCUCUCACUUGGUACAAGGCUGUUGUAGAUGCUCCUCCAGGAGAAGAUCCAAUUGGUUUAGAUAUGAUCCACAUGGGGAAGGGAUUGGCUUGGUUGAAUGGUGAACAAAUUGGACGAUAUUGGCCCAUAAGAAGCUCAAAAAAUGAAGUCUGUGUACAACAGUGUGAUUACAGAGGCAAAUUCCUUCCUGAUAAGUGUAUGAAAGGGUGUGGAGAACCAACACAGAGAUGGUACCAUGUUCCUCGGUCUUGGUUCAAGCCAUCUGGAAACAUUCUAAUUAUAUUUGAGGAGAAAGGAGGAGACCCAACAAUGAUCAACUUCUCUAGGAGAAAAAUUUCUGGCGCAUGUGCAAUGGUUUCAGAAGAUCACCCCUCCUUCGCCCUUGAUCGUUCGCAUAAUGAAAUUCAUUAUAACAAAAGAGGUCCAGCUGUCCAUUUGACAUGCCCUACAAAUACUAAAAUUUCAAAAGUUCGUUUUGCCAGCUAUGGAAAUCCCACUGGGUCAUGUGGAUCUUACACAUUGGGUGAUUGUCAUGAUCCUAAUUCAUUUUCAACUGUUAAAAAGGCUUGCUUGAAUAAGAAUGAAUGCAGCAUAGAGCUGAGUGAAGAUAACUUCAACACACAUUUGUGCUCAGGCACGGUUAAGAAACUUGCUGUUGAAGCCAUUUGCAGCUGAAGGUGACAUCAAUACUUGAAGAGUGUAAAUUUUAAAAGACGUUAAAACUGAUAUAUGGUGGUAAAUUAUAAGUUGGUGUGUAGAAAUGCUAACCAACUUUAUGGAAUUUAUGGUUAUCUUAAGCAAAACUUCUUGUGAUCUUACCCGUUUUUCUUCAAUCAAAGUACUUUUCUUAUUUAUCUUUUUCAAGU